AACACAUAAAGAAUAGCAGUUAAGACUGGCGAUUAACCCCUAGAGAGUGACACAAAAAGGGCAUUUCUUACACUUUCCGCGGUUGGACACAAACGCUGGAAGCAUGUUUCCGAGAAGAUUUUUCACGUGGGCAUUCAAAUACGUUCUACGUUUAAUUUUUUACAGGAACACGUUUAAAAUAACAGUUAAGACUGGCGAUAAACCAAAACAAAGUGAAGUUGCAAGUGUUUUUAUUACACUUUACGCGAAAGGAAAUGAGGCACCGACACAAAAACUGGAAGCACGCUUCAAGGAUGAUUUUGAAGGGGGACAGACGGAUACGUUCGAGAAACAACACAUUAAGUUACCUUACGAAGUUGACAGUAUAGAACUGCGCAAGUGUAAUCCAGAUGACAAACGUGACUGGUUGAUCAACACAGUUAGAGUUGAGAAUAUGCAAACUGAAUGGAGUAGGGAAUUUGCAGUUUUUCGUAGAAUAACGUCAAAUGAAACAUGCAUCGUUCACGAUUAUGACACCUACUUGCCAAAUGACGUGAUCUAUGAAAAACUCCCAGAGAGGUUUGAACAGAGACAGCGCGAAUUAAAGGAAGCGAAGCGGGAUUAUGUGUAUAAAUAUGAAGAUGGGCUGCCAGUUCAUGUCAGGAAAUUACCUUCCCAAGAAACAUUUUCAUUUUGGUACAUGCUGAAGCUUUUUCUAGAACUAGUGCUUGUUCGUGUAAAGGUCAUUCCUAUUGCUUUCGUAAACAAACAGUGGGGGCAAAACAUUGAGGGCUUGAAGAACCUGUAUACGUUUACAACACCGCCCAGCGAUUUAGACAGAUGGAUGAGCGAUGAAAAGUUUGGUAUGCAACGCCUUAAUGGAGUGAAUAGCAACGUUAUUUGUCUGGUGAGGAACAUGGCCCAACUUAGAAAUAUUAAAGUAGACCAAAACGACAAGGUACUUUCUUCGGAGAAUCUUACAAUCAAGGAUGCAAUCGCUGCAAACCGUCUUUUUAUCGUUGACCACAACAUUCUGCAAGACUGCCCAACGAACGAGGGCAUCACUCUUUGUUCGCCCAUAGCUCUUUUUGUCCGUAAUGAAUAUGGCAAGAUCGUGCCAGUGGCGAUUCAGCUUUUCCAGAAUAAAACAGUAGGUAAUCCAGUAUUUACCCCGAAUGAUGACGAAAUAACCUGGCAAUUGGCAAAAAUGUGGUUCAACAACGCCGAUGCGCAAGUGCACCAAUCAAUACACCAUCUGGCAUACACACAUCUGAUCAUGGAAGGGUUUGCAGUCGCUGCACAUCGUUUCCUAUCCACUUCUCAUCCGGUAUUCAAAAUACUUGCCCCACAUUUUCUUAAUAUGAUGGCGAUAAAUAAGGAGUGCAUAAAAUCGUUGCUUGGAGAAGGGAAAGUUUUUGAUCAAAUUAUGUCUUCAGGCGGAAAUGGCAGUAAAAGCCUGAUAGCUCAAUACAAAUGUAAAUGGCGUUUGAACGCUGAAGGCACUCUUCCGACAGAUUUGAUAACUCGAGGGGUAAAUGACCAAAAGGUAAUUCCCUAUUAUCCGUUCAGAGACGAUGCUUUACUCACGUACAACGCUAUCAACCAGUAUGUGAAAGACUACGUCAACCUGUAUUACAAAGAUGACGAGGUAUUAAGAAGCGACAGUGAGGUACAGGCGUGGCGACGUGAUAUGGACCUCCCCGUAUCAAAAGGUGGACUUGGGAUUAAAGGUGUCCCCGGACGUGACAGUAAAUUCGAAAACAAAGAGGAUUUGGCUCUUGUGUUGACAAGUAUCAUCUACACAUGCAGCGUCGGGCAUGCAGCGGUGAACUUCGAGCAGUAUGAAGAGUAUGCCUUUCCCUUGAACUACCCGUCGAAACUGAUGGGAAAGCCUCCUCAAGACAAAAGGAAACGUAAUGUCGUCGACAUUUUAUCAAUUCUGCCUCCGAAACCUACGCAUCUGGAACUUAUGACAGUGGCAACGUUGUUGAGCAAACGCACGACAAAAUGUCUCGGAUAUUUUGAAAAAGAGUACAUUCAAGACCCAGCUGCUGUGGAAUUGGUCAAAAAAUUUCGGAUGAAACUCAGAAGGGUGUCUGCUAUCAUCAAGGAAAAUAAUAGCAAAAGACCAAUAGAAUUGCAAUACCUUUAUCUGGAUCCCGAACACAUACCUAACUCAAUCAGUAUAUAGAUGUUAUGAAAAUAAUACAUCUGUCCUUGAUUUGAACUCGUUUGUGUGUAUGUGUUGUUUUUGCUAUAUAAUUUUCGAACAAAGGUGUCAUAAAAAUGACGGGUACUAGUAAACCAUAAAAAGGAGGAACACUUUUCAGGAAGUACGUUGAUUGAACUGAAGCUCAAUGUUUAGGAAUUCUAUUCGGAUAAUAAUACACUUAGCAGCAUUUGUUAAAUGCAUGCGAAAUGUUUGUAUUAGCUUACCUUUGUUUAUUGCUAUCUUAUUAAUAUACAAUUAUCAACGCUGAUUAAUUCUGUUAUAUGUCAUUGUAUGUCUGUAAUGUGUUUGUGUUAUGUGUAUGUUAAAAUCAAUGUAAUUUCUAUAAUUGUGCUCUGAAAAUCAAUGUACAAAAUGGCUUAACUUUGCCUGUUUAUUGCGAUUCUGAAUUUUACAUGCGAUUGUGAUGUUUUUAACCGCCAACUCUUUCGAAAUAUAUCAACGCACACUAAACAUAUUUUAUGCAUAAAAUUAUAAUAUUCAUUUUUAUGAGAAAUAUUCUUCUAUAUUCAAUUUGGAUGUGUUCAGUUUUUUUUUGUAUUAUGUUGUACAAUCAAUUUCAUUACAGAACAUUUAUGAAAUAUCUUUGAAAAUGAUUUUAAUUUGUUCACGUUUUGUAAAAACUUUCUAAAAGUGCGUGUGACCUACGUCACUGUUCUAGCAAAUAUCGUUUUAAUAAAUCAAUAUAAAAAUAUCAUUUCAACACAUCA